UCCCGAGAGUCUCAAUUGGCUGUCCCCGGAAAGUGUUCGUGUUGGUUUACACUUCUUUCUCAUGCAUACAUACUCCGUUUCUUUCUUUCUUUCCUCCCUAGAAUCCACCACUUUAAUUAAUCCGAAUUAAUUAGCAAAAUAUUACUCUUUACAAAGCUUACCCCCCCACCCCCUUCUUCUUUUUUUCUUUUCAUUCGUACAUAAUCUUGAAUUUAACACCAUGCAGAAAAGUUGAAAAAAUUGAUUCAGGUUCACAUAAUCUCGAAUUUUCUUUUCCUGGGUAGGUAUUAUUUUCAUCAUUCACUUUCGGUGUCGCGUUUCUGGGUUGUUUCGAUCCAUUCUGCCACUUUUGGCCGCCCCCCAAUUCGUCUCUCUCUCCUGUUAGAUAAGUGCACAUUCUAAAGCUUUUGUUCUUCUGUAUCUUAUCACGAGGGGGGAGCAAACGGAGGUAGGUCCCUAAUUGCAAUUCAUGGGUGUAUCUGAAGACAUUGGAGCCGAUGUCAGGGUUUUAACUACUGUGCUACAUAUUGAUGCUGAUUUCAAGUGUUCAAAUUGAAGGCCAAAGGGAACAGUAUAUGUUUGGAUUUUUUGAAUGAGCGGGUGGAGAUUUCUUGUCUGAUUAUCUUUUGAGAUUACUUGGGUCUUGGGGUUCUUAUUGGUUCUGUUAAACAUCUUCUGUAAUGGAUCCUUUCAUGAUUGAUGCCAAUGGGUUGGACGACAGUUCGGAUAUAGAAGUUGAUGAGAUAAGGGGAGAGAAUAUAGCAGAGAAAGAUGUGAGUGAUGAGGAGAUUGAAGCAGAAGACUUGGAAAUGCGAAUGUGGAAAGAUCGUAUCAAACUCAAGCGGAUCAAGGAAAGAGAAAAACUCGCAGCCCAAGAAGCCGCGGAGAAGCAGAAGCUCAAGCCCAAGCAGAUCUCCAAUCAGGCUCAGAGGAAGAAAAUGUCCAGAGCUCAGGAUGGGAUACUGAAGUACAUGUUGAAGCUCAUGGAAGUUUGCAAAGCCCGAGGAUUCGUGUACGGGAUCAUUCCCGAGAAGGGUAAACCGGUGAGUGGUGCAUCGGAUAACGUCAGGGCUUGGUGGAAGGAGAAGGUGAAGUUUGACAAGAAUGGGCCAUUAGCCAUAGCGAAACAUGAAGUGGAGGCUCUUGCCAAGGACAAGGGGAAUGGUUCCCAGAAGGGAAAUUCCCAAAGCUGUCUUCAAGAUUUGCAAGAUGCGACUUUAGGGUCGCUUUUGUCCUCUUUGAUGCAACACUGCGAUCCGCCUCAGAGGAAGUACCCUUUAGAGAAGGGUGUUCCCCCGCCUUGGUGGCCAUCGGGGAAUGAAGAAUGGUGGGGGAAGAAACUGGGGCUACCCAGAGGCCAGAGCCCUCCGUAUAGGAAGCCUCAUGAUUUGAAGAAGAUGUGGAAAGUGGGAGUGUUGACUGCCGUGAUAAAGCACAUGUCGCCUGAUAUUGCGAAGAUCAGGAGGUUGGUCAGAAAAUCAAAGUGCUUACAGGACAAAAUGACUGCUAAGGAGAGCUCACUUUGGUUGGGGGUUUUGAGCCGCGAGGAAUCUUUCAUCCAGCAGCCGAGCAGUGACAAUGCGACAUCUGGCGUAACCGAGGGUGGCCGUAGUGGGAAGAAGAAACCUUCUGUUGAUAGUGAUAGUGACUAUGACGUUGAUGGUGUUGAUGAUUGUGUGGGUUCUGUAUCAUCUAAAGAUCAUAGGAGAGAUCAGGCACUAGACGUGGAGCCAUCUAGUCAACCUCAAAAGAUGAAACACCGUUCUUUGCGGGAUAAAGAGCGACCGAGAAGAAAAAGACCAUGCGUGGAACCAAGCCCUGGUGAUCAAAAGGCUGCACCAUCUUCUAGCGAAGAUAUAAAUGUCGAGUUACCAGAAUUAGCAUUUGACCAAAACCCCACCCUUCAACCUGCCAAUGUGCUACCCAGCCAGAACGUGUUUGCUAACGGCAUGCCCUUGCCAUAUCCAGUGGUUCAAGAGAAUGAGUUGCAUCACGGGUCUCUGGAUUCUCGAUUGCCCAAUGAAACUCCAAAUGACAGGCUGCUUAAUGGUCAGAAUUAUGGGUUGCUACAAACUGCUCAGUUGAAUCAUGACCCUACUUAUGAUCUUUAUCAUCCAUCACUGGAAUUUGGGCUUGGUGGUGUUGGACACCAGACCCAGGCGGGAUUUCAUGAACCAUGGGUUCGGGCAGGGGAUUCUGGAGUCAAUGCACCGGCACUACAUAGGAAUGGAAAUGAUAUAUCUGGAGAUAUGCACCAGUAUUUGACAGGCACCCUUCCGAACGAGCAAGAUAGACCUUUUGCGAAUCCCUUAGGGUCUCCAAUCAACGGCAUGUUGGCAGAUUAUGGAGGUUAUAACGGCUAUCUUAGCGGGAUUGAUGACAUGGUUUCAUUCAAUGAGAUAGAGACUCUUUUCGACGGUGACAUUUUGUCAUACUGUGGAGCCUAGCUCGUCAAAAUUUGGAUACUGCAAAUAUGGGGUGCUUGCUGUUGAACUAAGUCGACGUUUUUCUCUCUUUCCGGCUGUUGCGCGUGCUGGUGUUGUUCAUGCAUCGCCAGUCCAUAACUGUAAGUUAUGACCUCAAUACUAAAUGUUUCCUGUCAGCAAACUGUUUCGAGAUUCUUUGGGUUAAUGGUGCCCCUUCAUUAUGUUCUAGUGAGGCUUCUUGAUCACUUCAUGUAAAUGAGCUAGUUUUCUGAUUGGCAAAAUAGAAUGGUGACCUUCUUUUGCUCAUUUCUAUUGAUAAGGUUGAAACUAGAACCGCUUCAACUUCAGAAGCUUUAUGUCAUCAGUUUCCAUUCUACGCUGUUUUCUACUUGUUCUGGUCCGAUGGAGACAUAUGUUGCUGAAACUGGGAAUAAUUUGACAGAGCCAUUUAUUGUGCCGGAUUUCGCAGCCAGUUCGGUUUUGCCAACCUUGCCACCCACCCAACCAGAACUGAUUUCCCCUCCCUCGUCUCAUCCUUUAAGGGGGGAAAUUGCGCGUGCCAAUUAGCACCAAACAUAUCCAAAUAUUGCUAAUUUUUGGCUUUCAUUGUUGCAUGUCGCAUGCCAAAAAAUGGCUCCGGUGUAGUCAUUUUGAUACUCUCUUUUUUGGGUAAAUUUCAUUUUGAUACUUGCUCUAAUAGAAACGUACAGUUGAUUCCAUAUAUGAGUUGAUCUUUUUGUCAUUCCCUAGCUCAGGUAGCUAAUACCUAUGUAAAAAAUUUGUGAGAAUAUGUGGAAAAAGUUUGAAAUGUGUGACAUAUAUGUGAUGAAGUUUCAGUUUAUUUCGUACUCUUUUUUUU